UUGGGCUGCUGAAGAAUGGAAAGACAUCGCUACCCGGUUAGAGAAACUACCUGUGAAGGUUCGCCAUGUAGAUGCCCAUGUCCCUAGAAGCAGAGCCAAUGAGGAGCAGCAGAACAAUCAGCAGUUUGUUUUGUCUGUGGCUGAGCCCCUCCCCCGGCUGCUUGCUUCUGGCUUGCUGCUAGCUUUAGGCUGCUUUUGCUGGCUUUGCUCUUUGCUUUCUGCUUUUUGCUUGCUUUUUUGCCAUCUUUUUCUGCUUUUGUGUUUCCCCUUCUUUCCUUCCUCCCUUCCCUGAAGACAUCGGACCUGCUUCGGGCCCUGAUUCGGGAACAUCAAGGGAACACCCCCCGGAGUCUGCACGUGAAAGAAGCUUUGGCACCCUCCCCAGCAGAGACUGCUCACCCUCUCUUGGACUGGAAUUGGAUCACUCAGAACAGGGUGGAGUGCCUCAGGUAGAACCUCUACUGCCCCCAAGGCCUGUGGAUGGAAAAAUUGUACCUGCUCGACCUCCCCCACCUAAAAGUGUUCCUGAAAGGCCACCUCCACCAAAAUUCUCUGCAGCCAAGACCUCCUCCCAGAAGGAUGUUCUUUCACAAUCUAGUUCUGAUAUCGCUUCUGAUAAAAAAAGCAAGUUCAGGUUGGGACCCAAGAGAGCAAAAAGUGCAGUCUUUAUAACUCCAGAUCCAGCAUUACCUCCUAGACCUAAACCAGGUCAUCCUUUCUACAAUAAAUACAUGUUACCUGUGCUUCAUGGAGUUGCCAAGGAAGAUUGUCUUCCCAGGAACACUGGAGAACUGUCCUGUAAGGAUUCAAACCACCCUCCAUAAGUUUCUGACACAAAUGCACCUCAUGCUGUAGUCCUGCAUGAUUACUGCAGAGCAUGCUGAUGACUUGGACCUUCAUUCUGGAGACACUGUUUGUCUUUUGGAGAGAAUUGAUACCGAGUGGUACAGAGGAAAAUGUGGGAAUCAUACAGGGAUAUUUCCUGCCAACUUUGUUAAAGUGGUUAUUGAUGUUCCAGAAGAAGCCAACAGGAAAAAAAUACCCUCUUCAUCAGGAUCUAUCAAAGGUCUAAGAUGUGUAGCACGAUUUGAAUACAUUGGAGAUCAGAAAGAUGAGCAUAGUUUUUCAAAAGGUGAAACUAUUAUCCUGAAAGAAUAUGUAAAUGAAGAGUGGGCCAAAGGAGAGCUCAGAGGCACGUCUGGAAUUUUCCCCUUGAACUUUGUGGAAGUAAUUGAAGAUCUGCCUGGAACAGGUACAGAAACAGCAAUGAAGAAUAAGCUGGAGGUUUCCUAUUCCCUUCCUCAGAACAACAGAUGCUCAGUAGAGUGGUGUGAAGCGCUUCAUGAUUUUACAGCAGAAACCAAAGAUGAUUUAUCCUUCAAAAAGGGAGACUACAUCCAAAUACUGGAACAAGUAGAUUUGGAGUGGAAUAGAGGAAGACUGAAUGGAAAGGAAGGGAUUUUCCCAGCAGUUUUUGUUCAGACCUGCUCAGCCAGGGUAGAGCUGUCACAGCCUGGAGGGGGGAAGAAAGGAAAAGCCAAAGCUCUUUAUGAUUUUCAUGGAGAAAAUGAAGAUGAGCUUUCCUUCAAAGCAGGUGACAUGAUAACAGAGCUGGAAUCUGUAGACGAGGACUGGAUGAGUGGAGAGAUACUGGGAAAAUCUGGGAUAUUUCCCAAGAACUUUGUUCAGAUUUUAAAAACACCAAGUGUUGCCUUUGUGCUACUCCCUUCAUGUGGGAGAGAAUGUUUUCUACCCUAAAGGCACAGCAAAGACAUCAACAAGUGUUGAUUAUCAGUGUUUUGCACUACUUUUUCUAGACAGUCAUAGUAGUAUCUAGAAGUCAGAUAAGAAAAUUUGAGUCUUUUGUGACAGUGUAUGUAGUCAUGUUUCAUGAAUGCUCAGAGAGCAAAACAAGCAGGCUUUUUAGCCAUUUCCAACUAGGGAAAUACUGUGGUGCAACACCAUUUUAACCUAUAUAGCAUUCUAAUAUGUUUACUCUGGUAUUACAUUUAUCAUGCAGAAAGUCUGCAUAACAUAAGCUGCUUUGGCCUUCUUUGACCUUCUUAAGAUCCAAACUUGAAAAAUUGUUAUAAUAUAUAAUUACAGCAUUCAGUAUGUAGAUGAAGUUUGAUAUUCAGGUUUCAUUACUGCUUGAGUUCUACAUUAGCAGUAGAAUCCACUUGUUUUAUGACUUAGAGGAUAAGAAAAAUAACUGGUAUUUCAGAGUAGAAAGUGUCAAAUCUAAUACUGGUAAGAGGGGAAAUGGAGAAAUAAAUCCUUCUGUAGCAUACUUCUAUUCUUAGCCCAAGCUGCUCAUACAGCAAGAACACAGAAGUAAUUUUUUUUAAAGUAUUUUGCCUCUUAAUAUUUGCAAGUACAUUUUUUUCCUACUGCCCACUGUUCUUUGAGCACCAUUGUACCCUCCUUUCCCAGCUGAAGUUAGCCACAGACAGUGUUUAUUGAGCUUUCUCAGAUCCCAGGCAUGGAAUAGCUGCACUAUUCCAACUAUUUGCCCCUCCACUCCCCUCAUGGAAGUGGAAAGCCAGUGUUCACUCAGUCUGCAUUUUAUUUGUCACUCAAGCACUGGAACAUACUUCAGUAACACUAUUCCUAUCCUUAAUAUGAAGGAUAUUAUACAGCCUUGGGUUUAGUUUUCAGCAGACAUAGGAUUAGUUUCCAGUUUGUUGCCACAUACCAAAUAUACUGAGCAUCCUUAUAAAUGGUCUGUUGAGACCUUAAGGAAAACAUGCCUGGCAAGAGGUUACUCCAAGCAGCUCUAACCAAGGCACUUAGUAAAAAGUAGCAGUGUAGCUUGACUGACCAACUAAGAUGGAUGUGACUGAGGUAGUUUCACAUUAUAGGAACUUGUAGUAGUCAAUUCCUUUUUGUAACACUUGGCUUCUUAAAAAAUAAUUAAAUAGCAUCCUGAUUAACUGCUAAUUCCAUCAGACUGGAAUAGAAGAAAUUAUACUGCAGUUGGUUCUUUCACUGCUGCCAGUAUUCCACUCCUUCUGCACCAUUAUCACAAAAAGGAACCAGUAGGCUGAGUCACUGCUCCAGAGAGCUGCAGGUCACUGGGUAUUGAGAUACCUUCAAUAAGACUUUCCUUCAUGGGCUUGGCAGUUCAGGUUGCAGAGGAGCCAACAGUUGGAGGUAGAUGGAGACUGGAAACCAGAAUCAUGAUGGACCUUGAGAUAGUUUUGACUUAGUCACAUCCCUGCUGACAACUUCACUGGUAUGAGCUCUGAGCACCACAACAACCACCUGCUGCUGCGAGAGACUAGGGUGCACCUGAAGUGGGGCCUAAGCAGACUGGGGGAGGGUGGCCCUGCCCUCCCUGUGCACUGUGGUCUGGUUACCAUCACAGCAGGCAGGAAUAGGCAUAGCCAGAACUGCAGGCCUCCCCCAGCAAGGAAUGAGCAUCCAGUCCCAGUGGGAGACCGGAGCUCAGCUGAAGCAAGCCUGAGGGACCUGCAGUGCAGACACAAGGACCUCAGCACCAUUCACUCAGCAGUCACUGCUAGGCCACAGAACUUGCAAAGACAGACACAGCCCCCCUGCUUUGUGGUGUGUUUUGAACUCCAGCAGUACCAUUCACACAACCGGAGGAUGAAGAUCACACAAAGUUUUCAUGAGCUGAGAACUGGAUGUCUACUCCCAUUAGGGAUUAACAUGAUAAACAAAAUGCUGAAUUAUGUGCUGUUUCUAGAAGGUUGGAAACACAAAAUAGGCUGUUAGCUGUUAACUCAGUUUUAGCAGCCACAGCAAGCCUGUCCAGAACUCAAUCAAUGUGGAAGUCCACAGCAGAGGACAAUCCUUCCCACUCUCCCAAGUUUUCCUGUUAGGAGAUUCUAAAGGUUCUUGUUUAUUCCAAAAAGAGUCAUCUCCUAGAGAAAUACAAGGAAUAGCCAGGUCCUUCAAAGACAUACCACACCAGUGUGGUGGUAGAUGAGGCUGAAGUGUAUGAUGUUUACUUACUGUUUGUCUGGCAGUUUUCUAAGGUUUUGAUAAGUCUCAAAAGUAGAACUGAUUUUUUUAAUAUUUUUUUUUCAAUUUCCUCUUUCCCAUUUUUAUAACUGUGUCUUGACCAGUCGUUUCUGUAACUUCACUGUUUAAAGUCAGUGCCUGUUCUUUGACAAGACCACUCUGCUGUAUGUAAUCUCCUCCUCCCUGUGGGGCUGGGCAGGAGUAGCAGCAAGGCCUUUUACUCAGGACACAGAGUGCCAUCUAAGGGCUGCUCACAUGGCUGCAGGCAGCUGAAACGGCGUCUGGAUGAACGCUGAAGCGAAGGAGAUGCUCGGCUUUUACAGGACAGGAUUUUCCUAAGACAAUGCCCAACACCACCGUGAGACCACAUACAGAUCACAACAUAAUUCCUAAGGUGUACAAAAAUACCGAGAAUGAGGUGGAGUGCAAAUCUUAACUGCAACGUAGUAGCAAAUUUCAGCUGUAACUUUGAAAUCCAGCUAAAUCUUCAUGCAUUAGAAUAAAAGCCUCGCUUACUGAAAUAUUUUGUUUGACCCAUCCUCUGGAAUUAUCUUCAGGAAGAUGUCUUUGUUCUGUGUACAAUGAACAGUGUCCUAAAUAAACCUUUGUUAAGUCCAGUAAGUUUGUUAUGGUACCUCUGUAAAUUAAGAAUGUAUUUAACCAAUAAAAUUUUUAUAAUUAAAUCAUGAGGGCAUUUUAAUUGUCUUAUGCUGUGGAAAGAUGAGCUUUCCACUUGACAGCCUGAGAUCUCAUUCUGCUUAUAUAUUCAGCCCAGCUGCAAAGUAACACCCCACCCCCAGACAACCAGUCCAAACCCCUCAGAGAAUCUGGAUGAUUUUAACAGGUUAUUCAAGCCUUUGGACUUGGGUAUGCCUCAUACUCUCCCCACCUACAGAACCUAUAGCAUUUUGCUACCUGCAGCAAGCAGCUGUCACCACAGGGUAUCACACUCACACACAUCGUGGUUCUCACUGUGACAACACUGUGAGGAAGACUUGGGCUGAUCCUGCACGUAAUUUAGGUGUGCUCUGCUGAUUGUUGCUUUCAUACUCCAUGAUUUUUCAGCUGGUAUUUGUUGAGAGAAUACAGAAGAUGCACAGUAUUUUCCUUCCUGCUUUUCCCCCACCUGAAAUCACAUUACAAAGCCUACAUUUACCUAGAAUGCCUACAUGGCAAUGCACUGCUCCUAACAAUACAUUUAAAAGCCUGAAGAAAACCCAAGUUCUUGUUCUUUCCCCGAUCCUCUUGUGUGGGAUUGCAUUUUAUGGAAAUGGUUUGCUCUAGCUCACCCCUGGAAAAUGUAUGGUUUAUCCCAAGUCUGUAUCCUCCCUGCAGUAUCCUGUAUCUGUAACCUCAUUGGCUGGAGAAUGUUACCGCGCCCCUUUGAACCUCUGUGAUAAGAAUGCUAAGGCAGAAGGCUCUGCCCCUCUUGCCCCUCUUCCCCGGAGG